AUGGCUUCCUUUCUUAUUACUGGCGCCUCUAGAGGCUUCGGGCUAGCACUCGCCCGCGAACUUGUUUCCCUCCCGGCCACCAAGGUCGGCAAAGUCAUCGCAUCCGCACGAGGCGAUUCCCCCGACCUGGAUGAGCUUGCUAAGAAUUCGGCUGGUCGGGUCGUCGUUGUCAGGCUCGAUGUCACCAACCAAGAGUCUAUCAAGCAAGCAGCAGCCGAUGUCGAAGCAAAAUUGGGAGGCAAGGGGCUGGACGUUUUGAUCAACAAUGCCGGCGUGUGUCAAUAUGCUUCUGAUGGAGUCAAGUCCAUGGAUAAUCUCCAAGAAAGCUUCACUAUCAAUGUUCUGGGCGUCCACUGGGUGACUCGAGCGUUUCUCCCACUUCUACGGAAGGGUAACCUCAAGAAGGUUGCCAAUAUAUCAAGUUCAACCACCUUUGGCUCCACUACUCUGGCUGGCGCGACCCAUAUUCUCCCUGCCCCGGCCUACAAAAUCUCGAAGGCGGCACUGAACGCGCUCACCGUCCAGUACGCUCUCGAUCACGAAAAGGAGGGCUUUAGCUUCAUUGCUCUCUGCCCCGGCUGGAUGAAAACCGCUCUCGGUGGCGGCGACAUGGCUGAUUUGACUCCCGAGCAAGGCGCCAAGGCUUCGUUGGAUAUCAUCUUCACACCAGGGCAAAAAUACAACGGACAGAUGCCAAAGGUUCUGGUUAAGGGCUGGGAGAAGGCCGAGGGAAUCAACAAAUACGAUGGGGCCAUUGCUCCCUGGUAA